CAUAUUUGAUAAUUUUCUUAAGAAGAUUCGGUUCAAUAAAGAGAUAUAUUUAUAACACGGCAAGUGGGCGGAGAGGAAAAUGGUGGGCGGGUCUUUGUAUAGCCCGCUACAGCCCUCUGAGCAACCCUCCGAACCUCAAUUCAGUUUGAAGAGUCGAACAAUUCGUACUAUGUCGACUGCGGAGCAUCUCUUUAGUUAAAAACCCGCGAAAUAUGUUUAAAAAAUGAAAGUGUUAUUUAGUUAUGCAAUAUGGAUAAUGGUCAUUUAAAUGUGUGUCAUUUAGAAAAUGGCAUCAUGCCUAUGAACAUAGAUCGAUCUCCAAAUUCUGGCCACAAUUCGGACAUGUUUCUUUAUGAUGAUUCUUCAAUGUCGGAUGGCAGUCUAUACGCUAGUGACCAAGAAAAUCAUUCGGUUCCACGAAAACGGUCAGAAUGUAGACGGCUGCAUAAACGGCGGAGUCGGUGCCCGCAACAACAAAUUCAACAACGCCAAGCAGCCAACCUACGAGAACGACGACGUAUGCAAUCAAUCAAUGAUGCCUUUGAAGGGCUCCGGGCUCAUAUACCAACACUACCUUACGAAAAGCGAUUGUCUAAAGUCGACACACUGAAGCUCGCUAUCGGCUACAUAAGCUUUCUUGGAGAAUUGGUUCGCACUGACAGAAAUGCAUCGGAUAACAUGCUGUCAGGUGUUGGUAACGGCCAGAAUAGAGAGGAACAGAAGAAAGUUAUUAUUUUACUUGCGCGUCAAAUCCUCGAUGCUACUGGUAUUCCUACGAUAGAAGUAGAUAUGGUAACGGAAUUAGGUUUAUUCCGCAUAGGCGUUCCCUCAACCGAUGUAAAGAAGGUUGCUGAAGCAGUGCAGAUGCGCGACGGUAUCCCAUCGGAGUACAAUGGGAAGGGAGUAACAAUGGCUGUUAAGAAUAUUAACACUAUUAUAGCACCAGAGCUUAUUAAACAGAAUCUAGAAGUGACCAUGCAGAAAGAGAUAGAUCAAUUUAUGAUAGCCUUGGAUGGAACAGAAAACAAAUCGAGACUUGGUUCUAAUGCCAUAAUGGCUGUAUCGCUUGUCGUCGCUAAAGCUGGUGGAGCAAAAAAAGGGGUCCCCCUGUAUCGCCAUAUUUCUGACAUGGCUGGAGUUACGAGUAUAAUACUUCCAGUGCCACACUUUGUUAUUUUGACUGGUGGAAUUGUAGCUUCAAAUGGAUUACCAUUUCAAGAAUAUAUUAUUAUGCCUACUGGGGCUUCAUCAUUCGCAGAAGCCGUACGAAUUGGUGCUGAAAUAUAUCAUUAUGUGAAAAAUGUAAUCAAGUGUAAAUACUCCAUUGAAACUACAUAUGUGAGUGACUCAGGUGGCUUUGCGAUUCCCCUUGAAAGCCACAGAGAUGCGCUGCUGUUUUUAACUGAUGCCAUCAAACAAUGUGGCUAUGUUGGAAAAGCUGAGAUUGCUAUAAAUGCUGCCGCUUCCGAUUUAUUCAAAGAUGGAGCAUAUGAUUUGGAAUUUAAAAAUCCUAACUCAAAUCCGCAAGAAUACAUGUCGUCUGAUAAAUUAGCUGAAGUCUAUUUAGACAAUAUGAAAGAGUUUCCAGUUUGUUCAGUUGAAGAUGCUUUUGAUUAUGAUGAUUGGGCAGCUUGGUCAACGCUCGCUGCUCGAACGCAAAGUCAGAUUUUUGGUAAUGACUUGACACAAACAAACCUCCGCAGGGUAGGUCUAGCGGUUGAAAAGAAAGCGGGAAAUGCAAUUGCACUAAGAUUAAACCAAGCCGGUACACUAACAGAAAUAAUCGAAGCUUAUAAAUUAUUAAAGACUAAUGGAUUUGGAAUAGUGGUGUGCGACCGUUGGGGGGACACUGACGAUUUAUUUCUAUCGGAUCUUGUAGUGGGCUUGUCCGCCGGCCAAGUGAAAUGCGGAGCGCCAGCUCGAGGCGAACACAUUGGCAAAUACAAUCAAAUCCUGAGAAUCGAGGAAGAAUUAGGUGCGUUGUCUAAAUACGCCGGUAAAAACUAUCGUAAUCAAAUGCAAUAA